GUUCAGUUAAGACGUACAAAAUCAAGUGAUCGCUUCGAGAGUUUUUUUUGAAGAAGAAAAAAAUAAAAUAAAAAAAAAAUCAUUUUGCAAGAAUAAAAAUAACAAGAAGAAAGUGACAAAAAGAAGAAAAUUUAAGGAUUAAUAAAUUUUGAAAAGAAGAAAUUAAAGGAAAUUUCCAAUGCGUAAAAUAAAGCAAAAAAAAGUAAAACAUUAAAAAAAAAGUUUAUUUUUUAUAAAGUUGGAAUAAUAUCAAAAUGACUGUAACGCCCAUUCGUACAAUUACGAUGACAAGCCCGACGGUAACUUCUGUGGAUAUUAAUAAGGAGACAAAAGCUUCGAAAAUUAGUAACUUUAGUGUUGCAUCAUUGCUAGCUGAUAAUCGUAAAUCAUUUACAGCGACAGUGUUAAAAAAUAAUAAUCUUCAUCAUCAUCACCAGAAUUUUCACAAUAAUAACGAUGAUCUGUCGUCGUUAAUGCCUAAAAAUUUAUCAGUUCCCAAGACUGAUUUGUGCUUACCGAUAAAUAAUAAUAAUAUUAAUAAUAAUAAUAAUGAUAAUGAUUGUAGUAGCAAUUCCCUCAAUAAUAAAAUAAGUGACAGUGAAUUAUUGGAUAGAAAAUCACAUACACCUCAUAGUUCAAUUGCAUCAGAUGAUUUCGACGAGUCAAUACACGAUGAGGACGAGGAGGACUCAAUUGUGGAUGUUGAAGAUGUUAAGAACGAUAGUACAAACAGUAGUAAUAUCGACUCACCACACAAAGGAGAUUUGUUGCAAUCACAUCCGUUGGUCUCAGGACAGGCACUCAUUCGUCCGACACCAUUUAGUGCUCUAGCGGCAGCAGCAGCAGCAUGGGGUAUGAAUAAUGGAGUUCCCGGUUGGCCAGGCAGACAAAUUCCACCACCAUUUGGUAGACCCCAAGAACUUUUUCCCGGACAGGGGCUUCCUGGACAAUUAAAUGGAAGUAAGUCUUUAUCAGAAGGUCAAAUGGUGGGACUAUUUUCUCAUAAAUCACCCUUUCCUGUUCUGUUUCAACCAGGUUCUGAAUUACCACGUAUAAAAUGUAAUCUACGAAAACACAAGCCAAACAGAAAACCGAGAACGCCAUUUACGACACAACAAUUAUUAUCAUUGGAGAAAAAGUUCCGCGAGAAACAAUAUUUGAGUAUUGCGGAACGAGCUGAAUUCUCUUCAUCCCUUCGACUGACCGAGACACAAGUUAAAAUUUGGUUUCAAAAUAGACGAGCUAAGGCUAAACGACUUCAGGAGGCUGAAUUAGAAAAAAUAAAAAUGGCUGCAUUAGGAAGAGCGGGUCCAGGCGCACAACUUUAUAUGGGAUAUUUUCAUCCAACCCUCAUAAAUGAAGCGAUGCAUUUGCUUUAAUUUCAUGACAGGAAUCGACGAAAAUAUUGAAAUGAAAAGUGAUAUGAACAAAAGAAAAAUAUAUAAUUAAAGUAAUUUAAUGCAACAACACAAAAGAUGAUGACAGAACUAGUUUAAUGAACGAUAAAAACAAUCUUUAGUACUUAAAAAAAGUGAAGAAAUGAACAACAAAAAAAAAGUGAUUUGAUGCACACUGAAAAUAGAAAAUUGUAAUAAAUGAAAAUAAUCUUAAAUAAGUUAUGUAAAUUAUGAACAAAGAAUCUUCAUUUUAUUGAGUUAGAGUGACAAAAAAGAAAAGAUGCAAAAUAAUGUUUCUCAGUGAAAAAAAAUAAAUAAAUUUCAACUCUCUAUCUCCUUUACUUUUCUCAUUAAGUUCUAUAUUCCAAUGAGGAAAAUUGCAGUGAAAAAAAUCACGAAAAUUGAGGUACUUUGUAUGAUGAUUGCACGACGAAAGUUUAAUAAUUUGAUGAUCUUUAAAUUGCACGAUUUUCGAGGUGAAAAAAAGGUCUUUUAAGAGCAUUUUCUGACGAAAUUAUUGACGGUAAAUUAUCGAGAUUAUUGUCGAUAAUCCAUCCGGCAUGAUUAUUGGUAGUAAUCUCAUGUGAUUACUCUUAGUAAGUCAUAAAGUCUUUUUAUUGGUUGAUCGUUAAGAUAAUUGGGCGAGCAUUUAAAUGCUUGAGGUUGGGUUUUGUAGUGCUUAAAAUUUUGAUGAACUUAACAUGCAUGUCUAAAGUCAUGACAAAUUCAGACAUUUCCAAAUUGCAACUCAAUUUGUUUGCAAUUCUGAAAUAUUUUAAAUUUAAUUUAUUGUAAAAAGGUUCAAUUUUUAAAGCACAUACUUUCUUAAAAACUCAAAUUCCUCACCCAGACACUCACCAGUCGAUAUUUUACAACACGAUCAAUUCUUUUGUCUUUAUAGACUUACUGUCUAAAUCCAUCUUUACAUGUUAGUGUCAAUAGACACGAUUGAAAGUUCAAAAACUUCAACAUACAUUGUCAGACUUUCUGUCGACUUGCGAUGCUUUGAAGCUAAUUGAGAUUGAAAGAUGUCUUGAGCAAACAUUUUGUAUAUGUUGCUUUUAGUAAUUGAAUUUGAAUUGAUUCUGAAAAUUAGGAAUUUUUGUGUUUUUGAAAAAUAUGAUUUUGAAGAUUCAAAUCUUUUCGAAAAUCAAUUCAAGGUUAUAAGAUUAAAAUUAGGUUUGGGAAAUUUGAAUUUUGAAAAAAAAAGAAAUUUAAAUGUUGAAAACUUAUGAAU